UUUAAAAACAGGCUUGCAGAAGUUAGAAGGUCGAGAGUGCUCAGCUUCAGGAUGGCCUCAGGAGGUUUUCCAGGCGUCUCAUCACGGCUUGUUGGGCUGCCUUAAUUAUACUCUUCUUUUUGUGUGCCUGAAAAGCAGUUUUCAAGUCUCACGCUGAUGUGAAAAUGCUCCGUUGCAGGACAGUGCGAGUCUCUGCAUCCUCACCCAGGAGUCUUUGGACUCCUCCCUGCUCUGCGGCUAUAAAACCUCGGCGGUCUCCGCAGCUCGCUGAGGUUCGCUUACUUCCAACCAUUGGCCUUUCCAAAACCGUCCCAAACGACGAGCAAACAUGGCUCCUUUUGAGAAAUCCAUGGAGAUGACGCCCUUCAAGCAGAGGAAAUGCCUCGCGACGAGAAAAGAUGAAGUGUGCAAUAUUCGGUCUAAAUUCCCCAACAAGCUGCCAGUGAUAGUUGAACGUUACGUCAGAGAGAAAAGCCUCCCACUGCUGGACAAAACAAAGUUUCUGGUUCCCUUUGAGCUAACGUUGGGUCAGUUCCUCUGCCUUCUCAGGAAUAAGAUCGCUCUGGACCAGACCCAGACGCUGUUCCUCCUGGUGGCAGAGCGGAGCAUGUCCUGCAUGUCCUCCAGCAUGAGGGACAUCUACUCCCGCUUCAGAGACGCCGACGGCUUCCUGUACAUCACCUACGCCUCUCAGGAGGCGUUCGGAGCGCCUCGGUCAGCAGACAAGCUGCCUCACUGAGGCAGAUUUUGACUAAAUGAACUGAAAUCAAAAAGGGACAAACUGAGCCAAAUGAGACACACUUUUAAAAUCCAGCACUGCUGCUUCACACUUCACAUCUGCCUACCUCAAUAAACUUUCAAAGACCUCGUCUCAAACUCUGCUGACAUUAGAGGACAACAUGAUGAAGACUCCAGCCAAAACUUACAUUAUGUAGACAAACAUUUUGUUUUUAAUUGAAAAAAAUCUCCUUUGGAUUUUUUUUUUUUACCCAUGUUCAAAUUAUAUAAAAUGAUUGUACUUUGUAAUGUUUUUUUCUUUCUGUUAAAAGCUUUGAAAUGUGUGUUCUUGCAUUUUCCACACUGUUGCAACGUCAGCUCAUUAUGAAUCCAUCUAAAGCCACCAAACUGUCUCCCGUCUGAGCACUUAUUUCUUCUUUCUAUUCCCUUUUUAUUUAAAAAAUAUACUUCCUCAGCUUCCCUCAAAGAAUGUGAAUCCCUCCCUCAGGAUCAUUAUUAAACACAGAAGCGCUUUUAGGUGUCUGUUUGUGCUGUUCUGAUGUGUUCUGGGUCCAAAGCACCAAAAAUAUAUUCCUAUUUCAUCCUA